AUGGCGACCGGCUCUCAGCAGAAGGAGAACACGCUGCUCCACCUCUUCGCCGGCGGGUGCGGGGGCACGGUUGGUGCUAUUUUCACUUGUCCACUCGAAGUCAUUAAGACAAGGCUGCAGUCUUCGAAGUUAGCGCUGCGGACAGUCUAUUACCCUCAGGUUCACCUGGGGGCCAUUGAUGGCGCUGGAGUGGUGAGACCAACAUCAGUGACGCCUGGACUUCUCCAGGUUCUGAAGUCAAUCUUGGAGAAGGAGGGACCAAAGUCACUUUUCAGAGGCUUGGGUCCAAAUUUGGUUGGAGUUGCACCGUCAAGGGCUGUGUACUUUGCAUGCUACUCCAAAGCCAAAGAGCAGUUCAAUGGCAUUUUCGUGCCUAACAGCAAUAUUGUGCACAUUUUCUCAGCUGGCUCUGCAGCUUUUAUCACAAAUUCCCUAAUGAAUCCUAUAUGGAUGGUUAAAACCCGGAUGCAGCUAGAACGGAAGGUGCGCGGCUGUAAGCAGAUGAACACGCUCCAGUGUGCGCGCCACGUCUACCAGACGGAAGGCAUUCGAGGCUUCUACCGGGGAUUAACCGCCUCGUACGCGGGGAUCUCAGAAACUGUCAUCUGCUUCGCUAUUUAUGAAAGCCUGAAGAAGUACCUGAAGGACGCUCCGUUCACCCCCUCUGCAAACGGGACUGAGAAGAAUUCCGCAAGCUUUUUUGGACUUAUGGCAGCUGCUGCUGUGUCUAAGGGAUGUGCCUCUUGUAUCGCCUAUCCACACGAAGUGAUAAGGACGCGGCUGCGGGAGGAGGGCACCAAGUACAAGUCCUUUGUCCAGACCGCCCGGCUGGUCUUCCGGGAAGAAGGCUACCUCGCCUUCUAUCGAGGACUCUUUGCCCAGCUCAUCCGGCAGAUCCCCAACACGGCCAUUGUGCUGUCCACCUAUGAGCUGAUUGUGUACCUGUUGGAAGACAGUCCUCAGUAA